UGAGGCAGCUCAACUUUAUUAAAUUUAAGAAAAAUCUAUUUUUAUUUAUUAAUAAGAUUAAGUGAUUUGUUUAAUAUUUAAAAUUGUGUAACGCAUUUAUAUUAUGGAAGAUAUGCAAACUGAUAGUAAUUCUCAAUUAGAAAUUAUGCAUGAAACACAAAGUGAAAAGAGAAGUCAGGCGGUAGAGGAGGAAAAAGCCGGCUAUUGUUAUUGCGGCAAGGAUCGAAAUUUAAACAUCAUUGAACUGUUGUGUGCCAAUUGUAGUCGAUGGUUUCAUGAAUCCUGUAUUGGUUAUCAAAUGGGCAAACUGGUGCCAUUUAUAACAAACUAUGUUUUUAUCUGCAAAAACUGUUCUCCAAGUGGUUUGGAGAACUUUCGUCGCUCACAAGCCUCCAUACCACAAAUGUGUGUCACUGCCAUUGCCAACAUGAGACAGAAUUCUUUGAAAGAGGGCAAACCGAAGAGUAUUUUCAGUAAAGACAAAGAUAUUAUACCAUUUAUAGAACAGUAUUGGGAAGCUAUGACAACAAUGCCGCGCAGAGUUACGCAAUCGUGGCAUACAACGGUACAACGUUCCUUAUUGAAAGAUGUCCAAAUAACAUUUAUAUACGAAGAACAUCCCGAAAACGGAUCCAUGUUUGGUUUGUUAUCCUCCGAUUUAACUCAAAUUAAGCCUAGUUAUGAGGCUAUGGGAAAGUUGGGUGCACUAAGACUGGCGGAAGAUGGUUAUGCCCAAGCUUCUUUAUCGAAAAAUAAUAGACAAAAUAAGCGGAAAUUUCCUGGCACAGAUUCGGGUCCUACUGGUAAAAAGGGUAGACCCAGCUCUGAUAUAACAUCUAAUGUGAAAUUACCUGCCCAUGGUUAUCCUUUGGAACAUCCAUUCAACAAAGAUGGUUAUCGUUAUAUAUUGGCAGAGCCAGAUCCACAUGCUCCAUUUAGGCAGGAAUUUGAUGAAUCGUCUGAUUGGGCUGGUAAACCUAUACCGGGAUGGUUAUAUAGAACCUUAGUGCCUAACAGUGUACUCUUGGCAUUGCACGAUCGAGCACCACAACUAAAAAUCUCUGAAGAUCGUUUAGCCGUAACCGGGGAAAAGGGAUAUUGUAUGGUUAGAGCCACUCACUCUGUUAACCGUGGUCGUUGGUAUUUUGAGGUAACCAUAGAAGAAAUGCCUGAGGGUUCAGCCACACGUUUAGGUUGGGGCCAGGAGUAUGGUAAUCUACAGGCCCCUCUGGGUUAUGAUAAAUUCGGUUAUUCUUGGCGUUCGCGCAAGGGUACACGUUUUAGUGAAAGCCAUGGCAAACAUUAUAGCGAAUCAUAUGUAGAAGGUGAUACUCUUGGCUUUUUAAUCGAUCUACCCCAAGAAAGGGAAGUGGACUAUCUACCUAAUACUUUUAAAGAUAGACCGCUGGUUAAAUUCAAAUCGCAUCUUUACUAUGAGGACAAGGAUAAAAUUCAAGAGACAUUGAAAAAUUUGCGCAUAGCACCGGGUAGUAAAAUAGAAUUUUUUAAAAAUGGACAAUCUCAGGGUGUAGCAUUUAGUGAUGUUUAUGCAGGAUCAUAUUAUCCAACCAUAUCAAUACAUAAAAGUGCCACAGUUAGUGUGAAUUUCGGGCCAACAUUUAAAUAUCCAGAAAUCAUAACAAACUAUAAAGCAAAAGGCAUGUACGAUCGAGUUGAAGAGUUGAUAUGCGAACAAUCUCUAUCGGAUUUAUUGUACUUAACCGAAAAUGAAGGAAGAUUACGUUUGGAUAACUUCAGCAUAUAAAAAAGUAAAACUGAAAAAUUAAAGACUAUUGUUUGGUCGAUAAAAUGUAGUAAACUAAAUCUAAAUAUGUAAAAAUAAUUAAAUAAAAGUUUCUUUUGUUUUUAUCGUUUAUAUAUAAAAAUAA